CGCAAGCGUGCUUGCUGUAUGCACACGUUCCAAAGCCAUUCCUUGCUAAAAUAAAAAAAAAUGAUCCGUCAUUUAAUCGCGCCAAUUACAGAUUAAAUAUACGUUCUUUUUUUAAAUUGUCAAUGAAACAAUGAUUUUGUAUUGCCAUAUUACGCGUGUGCGUAUUGACUUUUUGUGUUUUGUUUUGUGAUAAUUUUGUGAUAGCGAGUGAUGCCAAGUGGAUAUGCUAGUGAUAAUGUUAACUGUUUAUGGGAUUGGAUUGCACGUUGUAUCGGAACCUAUGAAAAUAAAUCAUGGCAAACGAUCGGAGCAAUGGGACACUUAAACGUGCAACGAACAAAUUUAAACUGAAGUCACAUUGCAAAUAAUGCUAAGUUAUAAGGGGUGAUAUUGUGUAGUGAUGGAUGAAUAAUCGCGGUGAUGGGGUGUGGCCAGAGUAAAAUAAAUUUGUACCCGAGGCGGAACAAAAACGGUGGGAAAGGAAAUAGUGCCAAAAAAUCAGGCGCUACAGAAAAGGAGACAGAUGAAGAGGAAGGCAGGACUGGAGCCCAGGAUGAGGCUGAGGAAGAAUCCGACCACGGCAAGCACAUCCUGCCGCUCACCAACCAUCCACCGACUGUUGAAGCAUCGGCUAGCAUGCAGGACUUCUUCAAAAUGUUGGAUGAAAAAAUUGAAAAGGGCAAAGACUACGACUCAUCGAGUGAAACUGAAGUACAGAUAGAAAAAGAAAGGCGAAAACGUUUAAUAGACCAAUGGCGAUCUGCGUCGCAGUCCACACAGUCCUCACAAUCACAGCCCAGUCCGCCCACGCCGGCCAGACGACGGCUGCACAGACCGAUGCCACCCCAGCCUCCAGAACGCCAGAACAGCCCUGGAAGCGUGAGACGUUGCUAUCGGCAACAACACGUCCCCGAAGGCAUGUCUCCACCGCCGCGUCGGUCACACAGCGCCCAAUCGCACCACCCGCCGGACCCUCGCCAUAUAAACGGAGAAAACUGGCAAGACCCGACUAAAUCACCCGUCAAACGGUCUCAAAGCGCCGGUGCCAACUGGAAAAACAACCCAAAGGUCGCACCGUAUCAGAAGCCAAAGAAGAACGAAGUCAACGAAAGCCAAAGAGCCGUGCAAAAAGACAUGGACAUAUCAGUGUCUCAGUCUGUUGAUGCUAGUCAAGAUUCCCAAAUCACGUACAAUCCAACAUUCCAAACACACAGCCCAGCGCAUUCGGCGAAAUCACAGCAGCCGUACAUCACUCAAAUUUUAAGCUACCCCAUGUCGCAACAAGUGACUCCACCUUCGCCACCAAAAUACAUUGCUCCGCCGGAAGAAUACCAAGAUCCACAAAGUAAUACAGUUGAUAAUAAGUACAAUAAUUCGAACCAAAAAACGACGCCAGUGACACAAAUGAAUACUCAGUCACAUAUAUAUUAUAUUCACGGUAACGCUGCAACGAACGUGUCCCAAGAUUUAGCGCAGCAGAGGCAACAGACUGCUAUACAUUUACAGCAGUACGUAGCAAUGAAACAGGCGCAGCAGCAGAUGUUUUCGUAUUUACAGCGUGGACCACAUACAGUGUUUCCCAACGUUGAUUAUUCACAAAUACCUCAUCGAACGUACGAGGGUGAAGAAUACGUACAUCCCCCAUAUGCGCAUGGCCACCCAGCAAUGCGACCGCAUAGUGCGCCGACUCCCGUAGGAGUCGUCAGGCCUAUGGCAGUCGCACCAGGAUUCGCUCCACUCCCUGACGGCUCUCACAUGGUUCAAAUGCCCAUGUACAUGCACAUGCCUCCCGUCGUAUCGACUAUGGGACCCUGGAUUCCAGGACAGGGGCCCGAGAUGCAAUACUACCCGCAAUCGCCAUUCAUGCCCAUGUACCGGCCCAACUCCGCGGGAUCAGCCGGGACGUUAACUAGAUACCAAAAGAAGGAGACAAUUGAGACUGAUGGAAAGAACGUGUGCCAAAGUAUAAACCUGGUGAGACAGAAGCAGAUCGGGCAGAUAGUAUCGGUGCCGGGGCAGGAGCUGACGGUGUGCAACAACCCGAGCGACAGCCCGAGCUCCGCGUCGGUGAGCACGGACAGCGGCGUGUCGCCCGGGAACAGCGCACCCAGCUCUGUGCCCAAGUGCCCCGGCUUCGGUGCCAUGACGACAGACUCUUACACGAAUUCGGUAGAUAAUAAGAGCAAGAAAGUGAAAUCAGUGCCGUUCUCAACGCGAUCGCUGAAAAAUUCUAAAAGUUUAGAUUCUUAGCGCAAGUUUGUAAUUAUGUAGAUUUUCUAAGUGUACCUAGCGCCUAGUCAAUAUGUAUAGUAAAUUUUAGAUUCAACACCGCUUAUCAUUGUAUAGUAAAGUGAGCAUUUUUCAUCAGUGGGUGUAAUUAAUUUAAUCGAGCUAAAUAAAAGUGAAUCAAGAAAAAUGGAGCGUGAAGACGAAAAUUAUGUUCUUGGAGAGGUCCUAGAAGACAAACCAAAGGCAACAUAUCAGCAAAGGAGGCUGCACGCAGCUUCAGAUUCCUGUCAAAUAGGGAAAUAGUGCUAUAUAGUACAGACAUUCUUAUUAUUCCAGCAGCUGUGGUAUCUAAUAUCUAGGAGUGAUUUGCCUUGACAUGCAGCUGCGGUUAGGAUAGUUGCUGGGACUCGGAACUACUAGGAACGGGAACGGACUAGGAACCACAUCCAAGGAACUAAUGUUUAUUCGAUCACUCUUAAUCGAUGUCGUAAGACUUUCAUUUCAAAUUCCACUUCUCGUGAAUUCUGUGAUUAUAAUUUCCAUUACUUCUAUGCGUGAUUUUUGUUUGAAACGGGUAAAUUAUUAUUAUUUAUUGACGUAAUUAUUUAAUAGGUGUAAUUCUAUCUAAAUAUAUGUUUAGAUAAAGACAUGUAAGUGGUACUUUGAUGUGCCGAACGAUGCAUUUUAAAUUAUCCAUUAAUAAAAAUAAUAAUGAGUA